GAUCUACUGGGAAUUUUACAUCGAUGAUUUGAGCUCUUUUUGACUUUGACAUAUUGAGGUGGUUGUUUUCGAAAACUUAUUCUUCAGGAAAUUUAUCAAGAUGUCUUCUCGCCCUGAGCUCAAGGUACGCCACCUUUUAUAUGUAUCUUUUUGGUAUUAAGAUUCUUUACUGAUAGUGUACUUUAGGUGGAUGAUGAGCUUGGAUUUAUAAAGCUUUUCAAGAGCUUACCUCAAAGAGAUGGAGAAACCAUUAGAGUCUUCGAUCGAGGAGACUAUUAUACUGCUCAUGGAGAUGAUGCUUCGUUCAUUGCCCGCACUGUGUGUAUCUUUGCAAAUGGAAGGAUCAUACAUCUAACACUCUCAGGUCUACAAAACUACUUCCGUACUGCGAGAUUUAGGCAGCAAUUCUACAAAGAUCCCUUCAGUUACGAUGACAGUCACAGUAUAUAAGAACUUUUUACGAGAAGCACUUUACCGAAUGGGCAAGAGAGUGGAGAUAUUCACGACUUCCGGGAAGAACAAUUGGAAAAUUACAAAGACUGCUUCACCAGGAAAUUUACAAGAUGUUGAGGAAGAAUUAGGAGGAUCAUUCGAUGCUGCGCCAAUUAUACUCGCUGUAAAGGUUUCCACAAAAGCAUCAGAAGCAAGAAAUAUUGGUGUUUGUUUCGCAGAUGCAAGUGUGAGGGAGUUAGGGGUCAGCGAAUUUCUCGACAAUGAUUUAUACUCAAACUUCGAAUCACUCCUUAUUCAACUGGGAGUAAAGGAAUGUCUAAUUCAAGUAGACAGAACAACAAAAGAUGUGGAAUUAACGAAACUUAAGCAAAUCAUCGAAAGCUGUGGUUGUGCCUGGACAGAACGAGCAGGAGGAACCUUUGGAACCAAAGAUAUUGAACAAGAUCUUGCGAGACUUUUGAAGGAUGAGAAAUCUACAGGAGUUCUUCCACAGACAGAUUUGAAACUUGCUAUGGGGGCAGCGGCAGCUCUUAUCAACUAUUUGGGUGUGCUACAUGAUAAUUUGAAUUUCGGACAAUAUCAACUUUAUCAACAUGAUCUUUCACAAUUCAUGAAAUUAGAUGCUUCUGCGCUGAAAGCUCUAAAUCUUAUGCCCGGACCAAGGGAUGGAUCAAAGACUAUGUCUCUUUAUGGUUUACUCAAUCAUUGCAAGACACCAGUUGGAAGUAGGCUUCUGGCACAAUGGUUGAAACAGCCUUUGAUGAGUCUUGAGGAAAUUGAAAAGAGACAACAGUUGGUUGAGGCUUUUGUCGAAGAUCAAGAGUUGAAACAAACUAUACAAGAAAGUCACAUGCGAUCAAUACCUGAUUUAUAUCGAUUGGCCAAAAGAUUCCAGAAGAAGUUGGCAAACCUUGAAGAUGUUGUCCGAGCAUAUCAAGUUGUCAUCAGGAUACCUGAUUUCAUCAGUACUCUUGAAAGUGUUAUGGAUGAAAAAUAUCGCGAUGCUCUCGAUGAGGCAUAUACAAUCAAACUUCGUGAAUGCAACGAUAGUCUUGGAAAGCUGGCAGAAAUGGUCGAGACUACUGUUGACCUUGACGCCAUGGAUAAUCACGAAUAUAUCAUCAAGCCUGAAUUCGACGAUAGUCUCAGAAUAAUCAGGCGGAAGCUGGAUAAACUUAAAUACGAGAUGGAUCAAGAAUUUCGUGUUGUAGCCAAAGAUCUCGGUCAGGAAAUUGAGAAGAAAAUCUUCCUGGAAAACAACAAAAUUCAUGGCUGGUGCAUGCGACUCACACGAACUGAAGCCUCUUGCAUCCGAAACAAGAGUAAAUAUCAAGAAUGUCAAACUCUCAAGAGUGGUGUAUUUUUUACUACUUCCAAACUUCUUUCCCUCCGCCGCGAAUUCGAUCAACUUUCAGAAAACUAUAAUCGCACUCAAACCAGUCUGGUGCACGAAGUUGUCGCUGUAGCUGCUUCCUAUUGUCCAGUCAUUGAAACACUCGCCUCUGUCCUCGCUCAUCUCGAUGUCAUUGUUUCUCUAGCUCAUACUUCCGCCCACGCCCCUACUUCUUAUGUCCGUCCUAAAAUGCAUCCUCGUGGUACAGGUUCCACAAUCCUUAAAGAAGCUCGUCAUCCUUGUAUGGAAAUGCAAGAUGAUGUUCAAUUUAUCACCAACGACGUCUCUCUCAUUCGUGACGAAUCCUCUUUUCUAAUAAUCACCGGACCGAAUAUGGGAGGCAAGUCUACUUAUAUUCGACAAAUCGGUGUUAUAGCACUGAUGGCUCAAAUCGGUUGUUUUGUUCCUUGUUCAGAAGCAGAACUUACAAUCUUCGAUUGCAUAUUAGCAAGAGUUGGAGCAUCAGAUUCCCAACUUAAAGGUGUCUCGACCUUCAUGGCAGAAAUGUUAGAAACGGCUAAUAUCCUCAAAUCGGCAACUUCGGAAUCCCUCAUCAUCAUCGAUGAAUUGGGUAGAGGAACUAGUACAUAUGAUGGUUUUGGUCUCGCCUGGGCUAUCUCAGAAUACAUUGUUAAGGAAAUAGGAGCAUUUAGUAUGUUCGCCACGCAUUUCCAUGAAUUAACCGCACUGGCGGAUACUUUCCCCCAAGUCAAAAAUUUACACGUCGUCGCGCAUAUCGAUACGGAACCGUCUUCUCAAGAGAAGAAAAGAGAAGUCACCCUUCUCUAUAAAGUCGAAGAAGGAAUCUGUGAUCAGAGUUUCGGUAUCCAUGUUGCGGAACUGGUCAAAUUUCCGGAGAAAGUAAUUAAUAUGGCCAGAAGAAAGGCGGAGGAAUUAGAAGAUUUUGGAACGACUACUAAGGUGGAGUUAGACAAUGGUGAUCCUAGUUCUCAGGAAUUUGCAAAGGAGGAUGUGGAGGAGGGUAGUAGGUUAUUGAAGGAGGUGUUGAAGAAGUGGAAGGAGGAGAUUGAUAAGAGUGCGGAGAUGGGAAAGGAGGAGAAGAUUGAGGUUUUGAGGAGGUUGGUGGGUAGUGAUAAGAGGUUGCUGCAGAAUCCGUUUUUUAGGGGUAUUAAAUGUUUGUAAGAUGGGGUAAGGGGAAGGAUUAGGAAAGGAAGAAGAUCUAGGACAUGGUAAUGGCUGGAUAUUUGGCGUUUCGGAGAUGUCAAGGUCGUGAUAUGGAUGCGCUAUGGCGCUAUCUGAGCGGAUUUUGUACAAGAUAAAGGUAAAGCAGACCAUAGAUGGCUUUCCUAAACACAGCAAAAUGAAAUAAAAUUAUAUAUAUAUAACCAUAUCCUAUACAUAGCUAUAGAAACCACUAAAUGCAAAAGAAAAUACAUACUAUGCAGUGCACAG